UACAAGACUGUUAUACACAUCGCCGUUGAAAACCGCCAAUAUCUAUAAUAUUGCGCAAGAUAGGAUUUCAGUUUUAUCUCGUUCCCAGUUUCCUGUGACGUUCUAAGUUCGUCAGUAACACAGUUUUGCAAGAACCAUUUCACAGGAAGAUGUCGAGGACUAGUCAAAAGCACAGGAACUUCGUCGCGGAGCCGAUGGGCGAGAAACCGGUGACUGAACUGGCAGGCGUCGGCGAAGUCCUCGGCAAAAGGCUGGAAAACCAGGGAUUCGACAAAGCUUACGUCGUCCUGGGUCAGUAUCUCGUCCUCAAGAAAAACAAAGAGCUCUUUCAAGACUGGAUGAAGGACACCUGCCAGGCGAGUUCAAAACAGUCCAGUGACUGCUACGGCUGCUUAUCCGAUUGGUGUGAUGAGUUUUUGUAAAAUAUCUAAAAUUUAAUUUUUACAUAUAUCUUUCAUAAGAUAAUUUUUUAACUAUAUUUUUCAAUAUUAUUGCAUUUAUAACUAAUAAAUACAGUAUGAUGUGUUAUUUCGUUCUGUCAUGUUCA